AUGACCAUCAAUCAUAUCUUUGUUUGGGCCUCCACAGCUAAAGCACAAAGCUUGCAAGCCUUCUACCGUACCAUCCUUAAGCCGAUCGGUUAUAGUGAGCUGAUCCGAGUCAAUGACGGCAACUUAGUCGGUUAUGGCAGGAGCACGGAGGCCGUGAUAAUGGAGGACCGGGCAUACGGAAAGAGAUGA